AUGUGGAAUUGUAUUAUGAUUAUUCAUCUAUUAUUUCUAUUUUUAAUUCAACAACACGAUCAUAUUACGGUGGCAACGGAAUUUAGUGAAGAAUCAAUAAAAACAUUUUCCGAACAAUUUUGUCAAGAGAAUGGAUUCGAUUGUAAAGCGCCAUUCGAAAGCUACGUCGACAAAUAUUUACAGGAUCCAAAGCAUAAAGAUAUAUUACUUAAUCACAUACGGACCAAGAAUGAUGUUAACCGAAUCAUGGUGGUUGGUCACGCUGGUGCUGGUAAGAGUAGUCUUAUUAAUCUACUGAUGAAAAACGAUAAAGCGAAGGUAAGCAGUGCAGCCGUUGGUUGUACAUUCAAUUUCGAUGAAUAUCAGACGGUCUAUGAUGACGAAUUCUAUGAAUUCAUUGAUACUGUCGGUUUGAAUGAAGGUUCAAGAGGUACAGUACCUGCCAGGAAAGCCAUCAAAGAAUUGAUCAAUUUUAUUAAGAAGAAUAAACGAGGCUUCAAUAUCAUCCUCUUUGUCAUGAAACAAGGUCGUCUGGAUGAUUCAUUUGAGAAAAAUCAUGUGCUUUUCUACCAAGCACUUUUGGAAAACAAAAUACCAGCAAUUCUUUUUGUUAGUCAUUGUGAACAAGACGAUCCCAUGGAUACUUGGAUCAAGAAUGAAAUCAAUGCUCAUGCACUCGACUCAUAUAAAUUUGCUGAAAUCGUUUGUGGUACUACCAGAGAACCUACCGGACGAUUUGCCAAAUACAUACCAGCGUUACGUGAAGAAUCAUAUCAGCAGCUCUGGACAGCAAUCAAAAGGAGAAAGUUGGAUCACCUAAUAGCAAUCGAAGCUGAUCUUAAUUUAUUUAAAAGAAUAUGGAAUUAUGUUUGCGAAUAUUUCCAUGUCGGUUCGAAGUUUUUGAGCGAUCGAUUUCAUGAAUUCCUAAAAUACCUAAAAGAGAUGGGUAUCGACGACGAAACAAUAAAACAAAUCAAUAAAGAUUUGCAUUGA